AUGGUCUUUGCCCCACCAGCCUGCUCCCCUCCCUCAAGUUUUUCCCCGUGGCAUUUGAGGCGCUUGUACGCGCCGACCCGCGCGACGAACGCGCCGAGCAGCGGGACGUCCGCGCCGAGCCGCGCGACGAACGCGCCGAGCAGCGGGACGUCCACGCCGACCCGCGCGACGAACGCGCCGAGCAGCGGGACGUCCGCGCCGACCCGCGCGACGAACGCGCCGAGCAGCGGGACGUCCACGCCGACCCGCGCGACGAACGCGCCGAGCAGCGGGACGUCCACGCCGACCCGCGCGACGAACGCGCCGAGCAGCGGGACGCCCGCGACGACCGCGCCUACCAUUCCGCCCGUAGAUUCCGCUCUCGAGGGCGUUUCGCCCGUCAAUCCCGCUCCCGUGGGCAUUCCGCCCGUCCAUCCCGCUCCCGAGGGCAUUCCGCCCGUCCAUCCCACUCCCGAGGGCAUUCCGCCCACCAAUCUCGCUCCCGAGGGCAUUCCGCCCGCCAAUCUCGCUCCCGAGGGCAUUUGGACCGUCAAUCCCGCUCCCGCGGGAAUUCUCCCCGUCAAUCCCGCUCCCGAGGGCAUUCCGCCCGUCCAUCCCGCUCCCGAGGGCAUUUCGCCCGUCAAUCCCGCUCCCUAUGGCAUUCCGCCCGUCAAUCCCGCUCCCAAGGGCAUUCCGCCCGUCAAAGAACUCAUUCGGAUCCCCUCCUACCCCUUCCCCUGCGCUUCCUCCUCCUUCGGGCCAUCCAGCUCUCCUCCCCCUUCCCCCUCGCUUCCUCCUCCUAAGGGCCAUCCAGCCCUCCCCCCCCUUCCCCCUCGCUUCCUCCUCCUUCGGGCCAUCCAGCCCUCCUCCCCCCUCCCCCUCGCUUCCUCCUCCUUCGGGCCAUCCAGCCCUCCUCCCCCCUCCCCCUCGCUUCCUCCUCCUUCGGGCCAUCCAGCCCUCCUCCCCCCUCCCCCUCGCUUCCUCCUCCUUCGGGCCAUUCAGCCCUCCUCCCCCCUCCCCCUCGCUUCCUCCUCCUUCGGGCCAUCCAGCCCUCCUCCCCCCUCCCCCGGGCGUGCCGCACCAUCCGCCGCAGCCCCUCCGUCGGCGGGUGUGCCGCACCAUCCGCUGCAGCCCCUCCUUUGGCUGGCUUGCCUCCUCACCUGCAGCAGCCCCCGGUCCCGGCUCUCGUGCGACCUUACCGUCGCAGCACCCCUUGGCUGGCUUGCCUCCUCACUUGCAACAGCCCCUUCCCCCCUUCCUCGGCUGACGUGCAACAUCAUCUGCCACAGCGCUCUUCCCCUUGGACGCUUGCUUGUCGAGGUCACCGCUCUACCGGUUCCGUGCUUCAGGGGUUGUUUGGUCUAG